GCAAGCCCCGCCAUGUCGCUCUACCGCAGCGCCGCGUGGCUCGCCAAGGGGCUGCGCGAAUACACCAAGAGUGGCUAUGAAUCUGCAGCUAAGGACUUUGACCCUGACGACUUGGAAGUCCAAGUUCCUGGAAGAGCCUUCUUGGUCACCGGAGGCAACAGUGGCAUUGGAAAAGCAACUGCAACUGAAAUAGCCAAGCGAGGUGGCACAGUUCACCUGGUUUGUCGAGAUCAAAGUCGAGCUGAAGGUGCCAAAGGUGAGAUCAUCAGGGAGAGCGGUAACCAGAACAUCUUUCUGCACAUUUUGGACUUGUCUGAUCCCAAGAAAAUAUGGAAAUUUGCUGAAACUUUCAAGCAGGAACAUACACUCAAUGUUCUGAUCAAUAAUGCAGGUUGCAUGGUCAAUAAAAGAGAGCUCACAGAAGAUGGACUUGAAAAAAACUUCGCUACCAAUACUCUGGGUGUCUACAUUCUCACCACCGCCCUGAUCCCUGUGCUGGAGAAGGCACACGACCCCAGAGUGAUAACAGUCUCCUCAGGAGGGAUGUUGGUUCAGAAAUUGAGUAUCAGUGAUCUGCAGUCAGAAAGGACAGCCUUUAAUGGAACUAUGGUCUAUGCACAGAACAAAAGGCAGCAGGUGGUUCUGACCGAGCGCUGGGCUCAGCAGCAUCCGGCCAUCCACUUCUCAUCAAUGCAUCCUGGCUGGGUCGACACCCCAGCUGUGAGGCAGUCGAUGCCGGGGUUCCAUGCCAGGCUCAAGGACAGGCUGCGCUCCGCGGCCCAAGGGGCAGACACCGUGCUGUGGCUGGCCCUCAGCUCUGCCGCCCCCCUGCAGCCCAGCGGCCAGUUCUUUCAAGAUCGGAAACCAGUUCCUACACACUUGCCUCUUGCUAGAACAUCCUCCCUACCGGCUGAAGAGGAGAAACUAAUGGAAGUCCUGGGAGAGCUGGCUCAGAGAUUUAAAUAGCCUGGCAACCCGAGGCGGGACCAGAAUGGCCUUAGAAACGCAAUGUGGUGUGGAGUAGGGGCAGUGAGCAGGCUCCACCUCCCUCCCUGAAGAUGCCACCCCAGCUGUGAGGAACCUACAAGGAACGGGAACUUUUGUUUUAAAAUAAAUAUAGCUGGGUCUGGGAACAAGUUUCCUUCAGCUUCCGCAGCAGCAUCUU